AUGCAAUUUCUAGUCACAUUUUCUCAAAAUAAAAACUCCCUCAAAUAUUUCCUUUUUUGUCUCGCAAAAAAUCCGUCUAUUCGUUUUGGAGAAUUUCGGCAAUCUAUAGAAACAGCACUAAUUGACGUUUUGCCUCCACAUUUUACAAAAAAUGGAAUUUUAAAUUGGUCUAAAUUAGCUAAGGAACGCUUAAAAAGAAGAAAAACACCAAAAUGCGACUUCCAUAAUGAUUGGAAUUCAUUAUUAGAAAUUUUUGAGAAAAUUGAUGAGGAGAUUGAAGUUGAUACUGAUGGAAUUUUGCUUCGUAAUUUGUCCAAAAAAACGAUUACACAAAUUAUUUCUUCCGUUCCUUUCAAACAAUUGGCCAAUUCUCCCCCAAAAACAAUUCGUGCCUCUUUAAAACUUUUAUAUUUACUUGCUUCUCAACAACAUAAAGUUGAAUUACCUUUUACAAUUGAUUUAAUUAAUUUAAUGGAGGCAGAACCAGAACCAAAAAUUUAUUCUAUAAAAAUUGUGGAAAGAAUAUUGAAGUUUCACACUCGUCAACCAGAAAUGUUAGCAGAUUUACGUGAUUUAAGUGCUCUCUGUUUUGCUAUGUUUCGUCCUUUAGACCAGCCAUGGACCGAACACAUUAGUGAACCAAUUAAAAGGAAAUAUUUAUUGGCUGAAUUGAGCUUCUUAAGAACUUUUUUAGUCUCUGUGCCUAUUUUAUUGAAUUCAUUUUCUCCAGUGAUUACACAAUUGUUGCCAGAGUUCUUUAUUCAGGUGAUUUAUUCUAUUUAG